AUGUUCUACUGUUUUAAAGUAAUUCAGGAGCACCGCAAUUUUCUGAGAUUUUUAUGGUAUGCCAACAACGCCUUUGAAAACCCAUUGAUUGAGUAUCGUAUGACGGCUCACGUUUUCGGGAACGCACCAUCUCCAGCUGUUGCCAUUUAUGGACUCAGAAAGGCAGUAGAAAGUUCCACUGCGGAUGUUCAGAGUUUUGUGACCAGGGACUUCUACGUAGACGAUGGGCUGACUUCGACCCCAAACGUAGCUGUGGCUGUAUCACUCAUUCAGAGAACUCAACAGUCUUUGAGCAAAAAUGGCGGGAUAAGACUUCACAAGGUUGCCUUCAAUUCUCAAGAAGUACUGGAAAAUUUUGAUCGUGAUGACUUGGCAGGAGACAUUAGAGAUCUUGAUCUUACAACGGACUGUCCACCAGUCCAAAGGAGCCUUGGAUUACACUGGGAUCUGGCAUCAGAUUCGUUUGUCUUUAGCACCGGAAUAACUGGGAAGGCGUAUACCAAGAGAGGCCUUCUUUCGACUAUCAAUGGCAUCUUUGACCCUAUUGGGUUCGCAGCUCCUGUGAUUCUGCGAGGAAGAUUGCUCUUCCGAGAUCUUAAUCAGUCAUCUGGUGGGUGGGAUGACACCCUUCCUGAAGGUCGACGGCAAGAGUGGGAGUCAUGGUGCAGUUCCCUCAAACAACUCCACACUUGUUCUAUCCCAAGACAGUACUUUCCUGUUACUAUUUACAAGGAUUCGGAACAAGAAGUACACAUAUUCUCGGAUGCAUCAAAGAAUGCUGUAGCAGCCGUAGCCUUCCUCCGAACCAAGGACACUGACAAUCAGUUCAUUGCGAGCUUCAUCUUAGGAAAAGCAAAAGUGGCACCACAACAUGGUCAUACGAUUCCGCGCCUUGAGCUAUGCGCUGCUGUCUUGGCCACCGAUCUUGGUCGUACCAUAUCUGAUCAGCUGGACAUUCCUCCUGGAAGUAUGCACUUCUAUACUGAUAGUAUGGUUGUGUUGGGAUACUUGCACAAUCGUGUGCGCGGAUUAUACGUCUACCUUGGCAACAGUGUUAAUAGAAUACUCAGAUUCUCAAAGGCAUCCCAGUGGAGUCACGUUUCCUCGGAAAGGAAUCCCGCAGAUGAAGGAACUAGAUGUGUAAAUGCUUGUGAUCUGCAAGAAAGCAUGUGA